CUCAAAGUCCACGUCAUACCGUCGAAGGUAGAGUCGAUGAGGACGAUGCUGCUGCUGGCGACGCUGGCGUCCGCGACGUGGGCGCUCAAGAUGGAGCUCCACCGCCACGACGACGUGCUGCCAGUCAAGCGCGACCGCGACUCGCUGCGCCAGCUUCGCCGACUCGACGAUGGCACGUACCAAGGCGUGCCUCUUAACCUGGGCAUGGGGACGCACUACGCUUGGAUUUACGCUGGCAAUCCGCCGCAGCGUGCCUCCGUCAUCGUCGACACGGGCAGCCACAUCAUGGCCUUCCCCUGCAGCGGGUGCCACGGCUGCGGACAGCACACGGACACGCCCUUCGACAUUGUCAAGUCGUCGACGCUCCGAUACCCGCAGUGCACGGCGCGGCCGCCGUUCAGCUGCUCGGCGUGUUCCCGCGAAAACCAGUGCCACAUCUCGCAGUCGUACACGGAAGGCAGUAGCUGGGACGCCGUCAUCGUCGAGGACCACGUCUGGCUCGGCGACACGGCGCCAACGCACAACGAAGCGCUCAACACUUCGUUUGGCACGCGCUUCAUGUUUGGGUGCCAGAAGAAGGUCACGGGCCUCUUUGUUAACCAGGUGGCCGAUGGCAUCCUGGGCGUCUCGGACACGGCCAGCACCAACAUUGUGCGAAAGCUCUAUCAAGAAAAGAAGAUUCCCGCCAACGUCUUCUCGCUCUGCUUUACGCCAACAGGGGGCACGAUGGCCUUGGGCAGCGUCGAGACGGCGCACCAGCGCGAGCCGCUGCAGUACGCCAUGGUGUCGACGGCCAACAACGGGUGGUACGCAGUCCACGUCGAGUCGCUUCGGCUCGGCAACAAGCCUCUGGACGUCGACGUGUCCUCGAUGAACUCGGGUCGCCACCGCGUAAUUGUCGACAGCGGCACGACCGACUCGUAUUUUCCAUCGAACUACGCAUCGGCGUGGAAUGCGGUAUUUGAAGCCGCGACGGGCCAAAAGUACAUGACGGACGACGGCCACUGCGAAGGGUAUGCGGCCGCCGACGUCGCGUCGUUCCCGCCGUUUGAAAUGACACUGCGCGGAACCGACGGCAGCACAUCGGCCGUCUUGCGGAUCCCAGCGUCGCAGUACAUUGUCGCCAACAACCAAGGCCAGCUCUGCAGCACCAUCUUCUUCACCGAAGCCAACGGCGGCGUCAUUGGCGCCAACAUGAUGAUCGGCCACGAGUUUGUCUUUGACUUGGACGCUCAGCGCGUCGGCUUCGCACUGGCCAACUGCGACUACCGCGGGCUGGACCUCGAAUCCAAGUUUGUUGACGUGGCGCCAUCGACGAAGAAUGCAACGCUGUCGCCUGUGCUAGCAAGCAUGGCCACCAACGUCUCGGCGAAUGCGACGAUGGACGUGUCGGUGCCCACCACGCCGCCCGUUGCGCCGCAGCUCAAGGGCGCAUCGAUGCACGCGGCGUCCGCGCCGUUCGAGUUCGACGUUUCAAACGCCACCGUUGUCUUUGUCGGUGUCGCGUGUGCGGUCAUUGUGCUCGGUAUUGCGUACCGGCUCGUCUACCGCAAGCGAUCGCGCGCCGACCAGACGUGGACGAGCGUCCCGACGCUGCAGGAAGAGGCCGAGGAAGAGGAGCAUCAUGGCGUGCUGCCCGACGAGGCUGAUGGCGACGCGCCCAAGCGCAACAGCUUGAGCGACGACGACGACGACGAGUUUUUCGACUCGGAAGGCUACGUCAUGUCGCCGCGCAGCCUCCGGAAAUGCAAGGAGGCGUUCGAGCCGUGAGACCAAAAGGAGAUAUGAUAGUGUACAUCGAUUGAAUAAUCCAAUGUCGUGGCAAAGUACUAACUAG